AAUCGUAACCGAGUGAUGUUUUGAAGAUAAAGAGAUCUGUCGUACCGAUAAGAUUCACCUGUCCGAGCAUGCGCCGUGUGUCGGUACUCUGAAUGAUUACAUUUAAGCCUCGUCCGCAAUAGUCGCAGUUGCAAAAUCCCCAGAAUUUAACCAAUCGCAUCGAUCGGUUCUGGACAAUUUGAGACUCGCGACCGUUGCAAAUCCGUUUCAUCAGUUGCUCACGUGUGCGCGCGCACGAACGCAGAAAUUUUUGUGUCACUCUCCAAAACACCGCAAUCAAGUAGUAAACAAGACGAGAGCUGCAUGUGUUUGUAUACAAAAGAUUUGGCUAAUGUUAAGUAAGCCAAAUGCGGCCGCAGAAAUUUACUCUUCCCUAUGAUGUGAACGGUUUUCCACAAAUUGAUAAAAAAGUUGUAAUUGUCUCUGUGUUUGGCAAAUCUGAAUAUCGGGCGAAAGGAUGCAAGACAAACAUGCUCAGUUCUAUUCUUCAGGUGAACCUCCUGGAUAAACCACAAGUUGACGAAGAAUCUUGGUCUGAAAUUGAAGGAUACUACAGUCCCAAGGAAAGAAUUGUUUAUUUACACUUGAGAGGAUUUCUGGAUACUUAUGUUCUCUUGGAGGAAUACACCAAGUUCACCGAAGAACAGAAUAGCAAGGAUUUUCUCAGUACGUGGGCACGUAUGAGAGAUAAAUACGCGAGAGCGCUUUUAGUACUUUUUCACAUAUCUCACGUACUUAUACUUACCCAUCCAACGCACACCUUCGACUACAGUUACGUGCAUUUAUUUCGCGCUAUGGAUAUAGUUAGACAGAAGAUUUCUCCACAACUUUCUGACGUGUUAAGCAGUAUUUAUAGUCUACCGAAGGAUUGGAUCACAAAUGUCAGACCUUGUUCGCCACGAAUGUUAUUUUAUUUUGAAACUUGUCCAGCUGUGUUCCAGGAAGCGGACGGUACAGCUAAUAUUAAAAAAUUAGAACACGCUCUUGAGGAUCAGAUUUAUCGUGUGUUGAGGAAGAAUAAAAUUGUCACAAAUAUCAGUUCAAAUUCUUUAUUUGCUAUACCAGCCAAUCAGGAAUUCGUAUAUAUGCAUACCGGAAGUACAGAAUCAAGGGAUAUUCUGGGAUACAUGAUGAGACAGCUGAUACAAAGUUGUAAACAGGGUUCUGGUGGUUUGACAUCAAGAAGCCUUGCCAGUCUGGAUUCGAACAGUGGUCUAACAGACGACACGGAGACAGAACCGCGUUCGUUUCAACAAUUUUUGCAACAACAUAUAAAUCUGGCUUUUGGAAAAGGAUUCGACGAUAACGUCAGGCACUCGGUACCGGCUCAUUUUGAAAUACCUACUUUAAACAUGUUUUUUCAAGUGGCAAACAAGCUUUUCGAUUACUUUAUUCAUGGAAACGACAAAGAACUAUUGAUGCUUCAUGGUUUAUUGGAUAUCGACGUGAAAUUCAGCAAAAGUCGUUGCAGCAAGGUACUUCCGAGAGCUUUACAAACAUAUCAGGAGAACUUGCCGCAACACUACACGAGAACUUACCACGAAUCGAAGUUGACGCACGCGGUAGCGGUUUUCGAGAUGCACGCUCGCGGUCCGUUGUUUGAGGAAUUUCGCGAGAAGUUGCAAGCAGAAUGCGAUAAACAUUGGCGAUCGGGCAGACAGAUGUGCGAAGUUUUGUCACUGACCGGCCAUCCUUGUACCAAUCCCGUUCAUAGAGGAGGCAGCGAGGGAGCUGGCGGUGGGGAGCAAGUUGAAGGAGGCAGAGAGGACGAAAGCGAUCUACCUGUCAGUGAACAUUGCAGCGGAGUUAGAUACGUGUGCGCUUGUAAUUGCGGUCGAAUUCAAGGUGCGAGGGAAGAUCCUUUUAAUCUAAGACAGGCCAACUAUGAUUAUUUCCAGAUGUUGGCGAAACAGUGCGGCUGUGCGCAAUUGGAAAGUAUACAGUUCCCUGUGUUUCAACCCAGCACACAUAAUUACAGACCAGCUCAGUUAUUUUCAUCCACGAAACGCCACGACUCCUUCAGUCGCAAUGGUUCUUCCACUCCACAAGGAGACACGCAAGCUUGUAGCUUAGGAGCCGAUACCUUAAAUGAUUAUGGUACAGGCGGCCAAUCACAGACGGCGAGUGAUCCGAUCGAAGAGGACAUCACUAGGUUAAUCAACAAGACGAGUCUCACGCCAAGCGACUCGCACAAAGUUGUUAUAGAAGCGACGCGCGCCUCUGACAGUGACGUGGAACCUUUCAAAGACAAAUCUCUAGUCCGACAACCGUCGACGACGGAAUAUCUGCCCGGAAUGUUGCACACCGAAUCCCCAGCAGGCUUGCUGCCGCAAUUUUCUAGCUGGUCCCUGAUAUGCCUCGGACCGAGCAGUCUUUAUUCUCACAAUUUGGGUCUUCAGCAUCAGACUGGUAUAUUUCCCACCUCCGCCUUUCUUCUGCCGUGGGACGUGACCGUUAGAUUAGAACACCAGAAGGAACGGAGUUCCUUGUGGCCCACUGUUGGCGAUCACGGAUCUCACGGGGGUUAUUGCUCGCGAGGAGGCAAAAAUUAUCAAAAUAUGAACAACAUUCGCAGUCGCAAGUCGAAGGGAGGCAAGGAGUUUGUGGUAAAGAUAUUUGUAGGAGUGGAAUACGAGUGUCCGCGUGGACACCGAUUCAUGGCAUCGGCGCCCGACAAGGUGUUGAAGGCAACCGGAACCGGGAUUGUAAAGGAUAGCGGGAACAAGGUGACAUCUAGCACAACUGACAUGCCGCUUUAUUUUGCGUGUCCUUGCAGACAAACCAAACCACUGAUUGCUCAAUUAAUGAGAAUUCACGUCGUAACGCCCAAAGCGCCAGUGCACGUCACAUUGAAUCCUCGCGUACAACCUGGCCCACCGCCCUGCCCGAUAUUUGUUACCGGAUGCGAAGAACCGAUCAAACUUUCGCAAAGCGCUUACUGGAUUUUGAGAUUGCCUUAUGUAUAUAUUGGUGAGAAAGGUCCGUAUUUACCGCCCAAAGAACUAGUACCUUCGUCUCACGGGCGCUUACUGGCUGGGAUGUACGGCAUCAGUGAGGUUGUGCCGGAAAAGAAAUAAAAAUUUGUAUAAAUUUGUACAAACCUGACAAGGAUAAUUAUGUGGAUGAGUUUUUACUUUCUAUAACAAUUCUUUGUUUUUUU